UAGUGCGAUACGCGAGGAGGCGCGCGCGCGCAACAUGCUCCUGACUUGACUCCUUGUUCUACACGUACAUUUGUUGCUAGUGAUUAAAAUAAAGUGACAAAAUGUUUGUGUGGUUGUUACUCCUGGUUUUUGUGCUGUGGAUGUUCACUGCGUGGGCUAGAAGGAGACACAUGGUGAAGCUGGCUGCAGCCCUUCCAGGACCAAGGGAUGAACUGCCUGGAAUUGGCCUUGCACAUAAGUUCAUUGGUGAUACUGAAGCUAUCAUGCAUCAGCUGCAACUCUUCAGUUAUGAGAGUAUGGAGAACGAUGGAGUCCUGCGAGGCUGGCUGGGAAACACCCUAUUCUUUAUCGUAGUUCAUCCUGGCGACCUCGAGAUGGUGCUGAAGACUUGCCUGGAGAAAGAUGAUCUUCACAGAUUCAUCAGGACAGUCAUAGGAAAUGGAGGAAUAUUCGCUCCAGUGUCCAUCUGGCGUCGUCGUAGAAAGAUCCUCGUGCCUGCAUUCAGCCCUAAAGUAGUAGAGAACUUCGUCCAUGUGUUUGCGGAACAAAGUGAUAAGUUAGUGAAGCAGCUGUCACGAUGUAGUGGCAAGGGAAAGUUCCAAGCCUGGCCUUUCCUUAGCACCUACACCCUGGAUUCAGUAUGUGAAACGGCAAUAGGAGUAAAAAUUAACGCGCAAGAGAAUCCGGAUUCACCUUUCCUUAGAGCGAUGUGUGAUAUCCUGAAUAUGAUUUGUAAGAGAAUUUUCCACUUGUGGCUGCAACCAGAUUGGCUGUUCAAGAUAUUACCGAUGUACAAAAAACACCAAGAGUGCAUACACGCCAUGCACAAUUUCACCGAUCGGGUUAUCGAAAGCAAGAGAGAAGAAUUAAAAAGAGAAAAGGAGUCUAAACCAGAGGUGGAUCAUGAGUUUGAUUUAGGGGCAUACAAGAAACAAACAUUCCUAGACCUACUGAUACACUUAUCUGGUGGUGAAAGGGGGUAUUCCAAUGUGGAAUUGCGAGAAGAAGUAUUAACCCUUACCAUCGCUGGUACCGACACCUCUGCUGUUGCCAUUGGAUUCACUCUCCAGCUACUGGGAAAAUAUCCAGAGAUCCAGGACAAAGUAUACCAAGAAUUAUGUGAAGUUUUUGAAGACGACAGAAUUUUAGUCAAAGAAGAUUUAAUGAAGCUGAAGUAUCUAGAGAGAGUAGUCAAGGAGUCUUUGCGGCUGUUCCCUCCCGUGCCACUUAUUAUAAGAAAGGUCUUAGAAGACAUUACGUUGCCAUCUGGUCGCGUCCUACCAGCUGGUUCAGGCGUAGCAUGCUCAAUAUGGGGUGUCCACAGAGACCCCAGAUACUGGGGUCCAGACGCCGAGAGAUUUGACCCCGACAGAUUCUUGCCAGAAAGAUUUAAUCUAGAACACGCUUGCAGUUACAUGCCCUUUAGUAAUGGUCCUAGGAAUUGCAUUGGUUAUCAAUACGCCCUCAUGUCAAUAAAGACUGCGUUGUCAACAAUAUUACGGAAAUAUAGGGUAAUUAUGGACACCGAAGAAAGCCCUUACCCAUAUAUCAGGGUCAAAAUAGAUAUUAUGAUGAAAGCAGUUGACGGAUACGAACUGAGACUCGAAAGACGAGAAAGAGAUCACCACAUAUGACGUUUCAAAAGCGCGGGAAAAGUGACAUUAGCUUUUUAUAGGUUCUUAUUCCUGCCAGCCGUAAAAAUAUUUAUUAACUUUUUUUGUAUUGCGUUAUAGUAUAUACAGCCAGGUUAAUAUGGAUAUCUACUAUUAGAGAUUAAAUUAAUUUU